UCAAUAUCUCAAUGGACGUGAAAAAGGCCAUGCUCUCCUUGACGAUGGAGCGCUUGAGCGUGGCGUUUUCAACCUUCACCAAUGCUGAUUUUCGGGUCUGGUUUGAGGAUAGACUGGCGGUCGUCCUGUCCAGUGUGAAUGCAGAGUUUCUUGGGCAAAUCCCCAAAAGUAUAUCCUGCGAGGCUUACAAGUCUGUGAUUGCUGGGAUCAACAGAGGCUUCUCUGAAAUUCCACGGGAAAGGAAGAAGGAUUGUGUCAACUACAUUGCUUCUUUCCUAACCCAGAAGUCUCAGACCACUGGUCCUGCCUGCUUUGGCGAAACCACACCCAGAAAUUGGCUACUCACCUACUUUGGGCAAUUCUAUACAGAAGUAUCAUAUGUUCAGCUGGUAUCAUACUAUCGCCAAACUUUUGAUGCUUACGCAGUAUUGGAUCUUUUAACUCCGAGCCAGAUUGGGGACAUGAUUGUACAUUCAGACACCCUGACCAGCAUGGAUUCGGCAUUGCGCCUUGUCAACUUCUUCCAAGAAAGCAGCGUUGACUUUGUCCAGAUGACUCUGAAGCAAUUCACUAGGGCUGCAAUUCAGCACAAGAUGACAGUCCUCCCAAACACCGAAGUUGCGCAGUUGCUCUUGACAAAUUACCUGACCCUCGCGUCUCCUCAAAUGGAAACCUACACAGCAGCAGACUGGAAUGCCACUUUUCAGGGGGAGCUGCGCUUCCUCUGCUCUGUGGUCAAUGCAACAACCCUUGCUUACUUCGUCCCCCAAAACUACAACUCCUUUACCGCCAUUGUUGCUGGGCUUAGUGGAGCACAUUCCCAAAUGGCAGAACCCUUCAGGAAAGCUGUCGUACUCUGGAUCAUCCAGAACCUCAAAGAUCUAAAAGAAAAGCCCAAUGAACCAUUUGCUGAGUGGAUCAAGUUUGCCUGGGGCUCGUUCUUCAAAGACGCCACCUUGGAAGACGUGGAAUCCACCAAGGAAGACUUCGAUCCUUUUGCCGUCUUGAACACCCUGAGCACUGAACAGCUGGUAGACGUCAUCACGACCUCGGACGCUCUGGUCAAUGUGACAACCCUGAGACAGGUUCUGUUGAGCCUAGAGACUGGCCGCUCUGAAAUCCCACUUGCAAAGAUGGAUGUGUUCUUGACAAGGCUCAAUUUCAUCCUUGAACAGAAGAACAUCCCGGGUAUCAGAAAUGCCGAGGUGAGGUUGGAACUGCUCAGCACCAUUUUCAGAAACCUGGCCCGCUAUUUCCGUAAAUUCACUGCUUUGGACUACCAGAACUGGUUCACCAAGAAGCUGAAACUCCUUUUGCCCAGCAUCAAUGUGAACCUGCUCCAGCUGAUUCCUCUUGAUGUCAGCUUUGCCUCCUAUCGCGCCAUGUAG